AAAUGUGCGUUCAGGUUCGAAAUGAUAAUAAGAUCAUAAGAUAAGUGCGAAGUGGCCACACGUUCGCUGUAAUAUUAUCGGGGGGAAGACAUUCGCUAAAGUUAAAUUAGUUUCCCGAUUGUGUGAAAGAGGCUCCUUUCUUUGUUGUCCGCUUAAGGGGAGAGACGACCACGUGACCGCGUUCGCGAAAAUAUCUCGGUUAGGCGGCUCUCGCUUCAUACAGUCUCUGUGGCAGUGUGUGAACGAGCAAUCGCCUAGAGAGGAGCGGCGGCGGAGGAGGAGCGCCGCUGGAGCCCAAGGAGAACGACAGAAGCGAGGAGGACGGCGCUACGUGUUCAAACUCACAGCUCAGCAGCGGGGGUUGAUGAUUUACAGUUCGGGGACGCCCUCUCUGGUCAUAAAAGCUGACGUCCGCGGCUAACGGGGCCAUGUCGAGGCGAGAGAGGAGCCGCUUGGCGGUGGCGGGAUGAGCUGAACAGUUCGGGCGCUUCUCACCGACGGAGUCGCCAAUGUGGCAGCAGCGGGGGACGUCCACCCGACACCAUUAGGGUCAUCAGCAAGGCCCCCCCCCACGUUCAGAGGUUGACUCCAUGUAAGAUGGAGUAAAAACGCAGAACUCUUCCUCCACCUUUCCCCCAACCCCAGCCUCCCUCCCAGCCCGUUGUAUGCUUGGUGCUCACGCCUCGGCGCACCAUGCCUGCCAACGGACGACUGGGGAGGUCCGUGUGCUGGAAGCUCCUCUCCCCCUUCAAGCGGUCCCGGCAGGAGAAGGUGAUUCUGGCCCGCAGCGAGAGCAUGCCAGGAGAGCAGGUCCUCAAGAUCACGAUCACUGAGACGACGGUCAUCGAAGCCGACUCGGGGGUGUGGAACAACAGAGCGCUGAGUUAUCUGGGCCUGUGGUACUUCUUCAGCUUCUCCACACUCUUCCUCAACAAGUACAUCCUCUCUCUCCUGGAGGGUGAGCCAAGCAUGCUGGGUGCUGUUCAGAUGCUUUCCACCACUCUCAUUGGCUUCAUUAAGAUGUUUGUGCCUUGCUGCCUGUACCAGCACAAGUCCCGAGCUGAAUACCCGCCCAACUUUCUCAUGAUCAUGCUCUUUGUGGGAUUAAUGAGGUUCACCACUGUGGUUCUAGGGCUGGUUAGCCUGAAGAACGUAGCUGUGUCAUUUGCAGAGACCGUGAAAAGUUCAGCUCCCAUUUUCACUGUUAUCAUGUCCAGACUGAUACUUGGGGAAUAUACAGGUCUUUGGGUGAACUUGUCUUUGUUUCCAAUAAUGGCCGGUCUUGCACUCUGCACAGCCACUGAAAUCAGCUUUAACAUGCUGGGCUUCUCUGCUGCUCUCUCUACAAACAUCAUGGACUGCUUACAAAAUGUAUUCUCAAAGAAGCUGCUAAGUGGGGACAAAUAUAGAUUCAGCCCCCCAGAGUUGCAGUUCUAUACCAGCACUGCUGCUGUCAUCAUGCUAAUUCCUGCCUGGCUCUUCCUCUUGGACAUACCUUUGACAGGGAAGAAUGGGCGGAGCUUCAGUCUGAGCCACGACAUUGUGGUGCUGCUGCUGCUGGACGGGGUCCUGUUUCACUUGCAGAGUGUCACGGCCUACGCGCUCAUGGGACGCAUCUCACCUGUCACCUUCAGUGUGGCGAGCACAGUGAAGCAUGCCCUGUCCAUCUGGCUCAGCAUCAUCGUGUUCAGUAACCCCAUCACAGCCCUCUCUGCUGUGGGUACAGUACUGGUGGUUGUGGGAGUUAUGCUUUAUAACAAAGCGAAACAAAUUCAGAGAAGUACUCUGCAAGCCCUCGCCCAGUUAGCAGACUUGGACCAGAGACCCUUACAUCAAGAGUCCAACCUCAAAACAGCAGACUGAAUCCAAGGAGAACAACUGAAAUGACUGCUGCUUCUGAUGGCAUUUAGAACCGUGUAAGGAUGGCUAUUUUCAUUUUGGCUUUAAAAGGGAAGAGAAGAAGUGAGUAUUUUCAAGUUUUGGGUGAUUUUUUUUUUUUUUUUUUUUUUAAUAUAUAAAGGUGAAUGAAUUCACAUUGGACCAAGUGGAAGAAGAGUUGCUCUGUUAGGAUGGUGAAACAGCCAAGCUCUACAUAGACUUCUGUGCCUGGAGUAUGACAUUCCUUUUACUUUUUUCUUUUCUUUUUACUUUUGGCAUUAUUCCUGACAUUCAUUUAUCAGAUGUUGGAGCACUUUUGUAAUCACCUAAAGGUUUCUUUUGUUCAUCCCACUAGUUUGGUGAUAAUUGGUAAGAAGAGGCAGGGGUAUGUUCUGUGUUCAAUGGGACCAAUUUUAUUUCUUUCCUAAUAUUAGCUUUUUCGUUCAGUCUGUUUCUUUGGUUUUGUUCUGGUUUCCCGUCAUGCAAGAUUUUUUUUAGAGAAAAUGAAAAUGACUGUUUGCAGUACUGUAGUUUUGGUCCUGUCUCUUUCCUUCCAUGAUAGUUUCAGUAAGAAAAUGACAGUGUUUGAUUUAGAAAAGGAUUUUCCAAGGUCGUUUACACUAUUGUUUGAUCAAGAUAAAAUCUGACUCCUAGGCAUAGCCUGAGUAAUUCAGAAAAAGACAGCAUCAGACUCUAAAAAAUAAAUUCGAUCCAGUUUUUCCUCAUUUUUAUAUAAUCCAAACACUGAGAUGUAAACAAAGUCAUUCAGUGUUGGUGUGUGUGAUAUGUAGAAAUAAACAGCACAAUAUUUUCUAGUUUAAAAAUUAUUAUUGAUCAUUUUGACCUCCCAUUUGAAGCAACAUUCUAUUAUACUUUAAUAAAAUCUUUAGCAAAAAAUUCAUAUUUAACAGUAAAAUACUGAAUAAUUAUAACUAAAUAUCUUUUGAGAACUACUUCACUUGUCAUUUUAAUAAAUGUUGCUGCAGACACUUUCGUGAGAUCCUUCUGGUGUAGAUUCGUGGCAACUUGCGUGCUGAUAGUGCUCCCUGCCAAAGGAGCAAUAGAUUGAGGAAUUCCAAAGCCAUGCCCUCGCGCUCUACAUGUUAAAAAUGAGAUGUCUUUGUCGUCAUAGCAGAGUCACUCUGGAAUUCAGAUAGAGAUGCCUCUGGAGAACCAUAUAGUAUUAUCGUUUUAUUUUUGUCAUAAUUGAACUAAAACGGUUUUAUUUAAACCACUGGACCACUUAAGCUGUACAGAAAAUACUGCAGCUUUUUUUCUUUGUUACUUGUUUCUGACUGUUUCCCAGCCGCAGACCGGGAUCAUAAAAUCUUUCUAAAGCUUACUUAGCUGCUCUGGGGUAAAACCCAGUCACUUUAGCUUGGGUGUUCUGCUGCAGUGAGUCACACUGAAGCAAGCUGAAGUUCCAAACAGCACCAGCGUCUGUUUUUUGCCGAGCCUAAAGUGGUGAAAUGGUGAUUUAGUCUUUAAUAAAGCCAGAUGUCUGGCUCUUAUUGCCACCACUGUGAACAGUUCUGACUCAGUCAGUUUCUCUAGAAGAAGGAUUUCACAUAAAACCACUCUUGACUUUGUUUACACCUUCAACAACAAGAAGUAAUCUGAUCGGACCAUUUCACGCUUUUGGCUCAACCUGCCGUACAGCUCAGACACACUGUCGCAACUAUUGUGUUUUUUUUCUUUUGUUGUUGUUUGUUUUCUUUUUUUCUUUUUUUUUUUGGUGUAGCUUUUUUGUACAUUUCAUAUUCCUCAACUUCACGGUCUUGUAUAAUUAGUGAACAUUUGCUUUAAUCUUACAGCAAAAACAGCCUAAACUCAUAAAUGCUAUCAUCACUAUAACCUAGUAAUUUCAAGUAUUAAAAAAAAA